AUGGGAAAGGACAGAAUGUCACCGUUCCUGAAACAGUGUUUCGUGACGGCAGCAGUAGGCAGCAACAUCAUCGGGCACGGCUGCGUGAUCGGCUACCCCGCCAUCCUGCUGCCACAGCUGCUGGUGCCCAACUCACAGAUACCGAUGAGCAAGACUGCGGCAUCAUGGCUAGCAUCGGUACUAGGAGUUACCCAGUUGCUCGGUAGUUUCAUCACGCCACCUAUAAUGGAGCGGUUUGGCAGAAGGAUCGCUCACUUGGCCGUCACCAUGCCAGUCCUCAUCGGCUGGUUUAUCACAAUGAUGGCUACUAGCUACGAGCCCUUACUUAUCGGAAGAAUACUCCAAGGCCUCUCUAUCGGCAUGCUCUCCCCUCUGCGAUCGAUCCUCAUCGGGGAGUACGCCAGUCCAAAGAACAGGGGAGCCUUCCUCACCACCGUCUCCUUAACACAAGCCUUCGGUAUACUCUUCGUGCACGUGUUAGGAUCCAUCCUCAGCUGGCAGCAGACUGCUCUCGUCUGCGUGUUCUUUUCAUUCUUCAGUCUCAUCAUGACCAUAUACUCCCCCGAGUCACCCAGCUGGCUCGUCGCCAGGGGAAGAUACGACGAGUGUCGUGAAGUCUUCCAUUGGUUACGAGGCGAAGAAGAAAACGCAGAGUUAGAAGAAAUGAUACACGCCAGGAUGGUGUUCGAGAAGGCAAAACAAGAACAGAAACUUGGCAGGAAACCAAACCGCAUGAAAACCGCAAUGGCCACAAUCCAGAAAAGAGAGUUCUACAAACCUAUAAUAAUUAUGAUUCACGCAUACGUGAUGGUGCAGUUUGCUGGAGGCACCACCAUGGCGGCUUAUUCCACCACUAUCAUUACUCUGAUCAUGGGACCUAACGUUAAUCCCCACUUCUGGAUGAUUUUUCUAGACACGCAGAGAUUCAUCUCCAAUACUAUAGCAGUAUUUCUCAUUAAUAAAAUAAAAAGACGAACCAUGAUGUUCCUUACCGGUGGACUGUGUGUCCUCAGUCAGCUCGCAAUAGCUUCCUAUACUUAUUUGAAGCAGGAAGGCCUACUGACAUACGAUGCAGUGUGGAUUCCAGCGCUGCUGAUCAACCUGCAGUUCUUCACCGUCGCCACUGGUAUGCUGCCGUUACCGAACGUGAUCGGUGGAGAAGUAUUCCCACUGGAGUACAGAAGUAUUGGAGGAAGUAUUAGCUUAGCUACAAUGUCGGCUUCCUUCUUCUUAGUGUUAAAAACUUUCUUAGGAUUAGUAGAGAGUGUUGGCAUACACGGUACAUACUGCAUAUACGCGGGUCUUCUCACAUACUGUUUACUGGUGAUCUCAAUAUACCUGCCUGAAACUAAGGGGAAGACGUUGCAACAGAUUGAGGAUGAGUUCCGAGGCAGGCCGCUGGCUCCUCGGGAGAUAGAAGAGAGGAUGGUGUUCCAGUCCUGCCCUGUGCUCACGUACAAGAGGAACAUGUCGGCUCGGAGGCUCAGCACUCCGAUCUUACAUUAG